GUUUAUUUGUUUUUAUUAAGCCUCUUUACGCGCACAGAUUCUCCUGCUCUCCAAACUGAGAAGAUGCCCAAUUCCCUACAGUGCGUGUUCCCAUGGUCCUCCCUGUGGCUGGCAUCUUUGGCUACUUUGGUGGUGCAGUUGGUGCUCUCUUCCUCGUACACUUCUUCCUCCUCUACAUAUGUGAGGCCAGCAGCCGCUGGAAAGCGACCGGGCUUCAUGGAGAGGACGCUGGUUCUCCUGGAUGUCAACACCCGCAGUCCGAUCAGAGUCCUCAACGACAACUUCCUUUCUUUGCAGCUAGACCCGUCGAUCAUCAAAGACGGUUGGCUGGACUUUCUGAGCUCCAAGCGGCUCGUGACCCUGGCGCGCGGCCUGUCGCCUGCCUUUCUGCGCUUUGGCGGAAAGAGGACCGACUUCCUGCAGUUCAACAACCAGAAGAACCUCGCCAAGUUCAGAGGACCGGGACCGGACUACUACCUGAAGAACUACGAAGACGAUAUAGUGCGCAGUGACAUUGCGUUGGACAAACAGAACGGCUGCAAACUGGCCAACCAUCCUGACAUCAUGCUCGAGCUGCAGAGGGAGAAGGCUGCCUCCACACAGCUCGUCCUCCUGAAAGAGCAACUGUCCAACAUCUACAGCAACAUUACAAUAACGGCCAGGUCUUUAGACAAAUUGUACAACUUUGCUGACUGCGCUGGUCUGCACCUGAUCCUGGGUCUCAACGCGCUGCACAGAAACCCUGACAACUCCUGGAACACUUCCUCCACCCUGAGUCUCCUGAAGUACAGCGCUAGCAAGAAGUACAACAUCUCCUGGGAGCUGGGCAAUGAGCCUAAUGCCUACCGCAGUAUGGUGGGUCGGGCGGUCAACAGCACCCAGUUGGCUCAGGACUACACCAUGCUGCGUACCCUGCUGCAGUCUGUGCGCUACUACCACCGAGCUCACCUGUACGGCCCCAAUGCGGGACGACCCCGGAAGAAUGCUGUUCUGCUGCUGGAUGGGUUCAUGAAGAAUGCUGGCUCAGUUGUAGAUGCAGUUACGUGGCAACAUUAUUACAUGGAUGGCAGAGUGAGGACAGUGGAGGACUUCCUAAAAACUCGUCUACUGGACACACUGACAGAGCAGAUUAGUAAAGUCACCAAGGCUGUGAACACACAUACUCCUGGUAAGAAGGUGUGGCUGGGUGGACUGGGGCCGGCAUGGGCAGGAGGCAUUAGUAAUCUCUCUGACACAUAUGCUGCUGGCUUUCUGUGGGUGAACACGCUGGGUAUGGCUGCUGUACAGGGAAUAGAUGUGGUCAUGCGUCACUCAUUUUUUGACUAUGGAUACACACACCUUGUGGACCAGCACUUUAAUCCUUUACCUGAUUACUGGUUCUCUCUGGUCUUCAAGCGUCUUGUUGGGCCGAGGGUGUUGGCUGUGCGGGUGGCCGGACUGCAGAGGAAGCCGCAGCCAGGACGAGUCAUACGAGACAAGCUACGUAUUUACGCCCAUUGUACCAGCUACUACAAUCACAACUACAUGAGAGGGUCCAUAACAAUCUACAUCAUCAAUCUGCAUCGCUCGCGAAAGAAAAUCAAGUUGGCAGGGACGUUACGGAACAAGACUGUCCAUCAGUACCUGUUGCAACCCUACGGCGCUGACGGACUCAGAGCCAGAUACGUCCAGCUGAAUGGGGAGAAACUGCUUAUGGUGGACAAUGAGACAUUCCCAGAGCUGAAGCCUAAGACCCUGAGGGCUGGACGGACAAUAGCCAUGCCUCCCAUGACCAUCGGCUUUUAUGUCAUCAAAAACAUCAACGCAUACGCCUGCCGAAGAUAACAUUAAUCUUUCAUCUGUGAUAUACAGUAUAAGUGUGAUGCACAGAAGUCUGUCAAACCACCAACCCUCCACCGGUUUGACUGUGUGAUUUUCUUUUUUUUUUUACAAAACAGAGGGAGGUCAGAAUACCACUUUUUUAGGAUUUUUAAUGUCUUGCUUAACGACACUUCAGAAGAGUGGACACUUGGCUUGACUACAGGACAAUCCUUUGGUUUAACAAUAACCUCUUCAACCAUCAUUUCAAAAGGUAACAUUUGAGCCGCUCUACCACAAUACAAGAAAACCGCACCCUUCUCUUUUUCUCCUCUCUGGUCCAACAAAGAAAGACUUGCCCAAGACAUAAAAAGGGCUGCACUGAACACUUUUCAAUUCUUUUCACCGACCAACAGUUCCUCAUAUGUUAUAAAGACUUGUAUGGACAGUGAUUAUUUUGUACCUUGGUAUGAAAAUUGUGAGUUGUAGUUAUAGAGAUGUGAUAUCAAAAGGUCUUUGACUUGGUGAAGCUAUAUUUCCUUCUCUUAGAUUGUCAAAUCUAGGGUAUGCUAUCUCUGUGUCAGCCAAGAGAGCAGUCUACGCUAAUCUAAAACAGUAUGAGAGAAAACUCUGAACAAGUAGCAUUUCUGAAGCAAGUCAACUUCACUUUGACUUGAUCCUUUCCACAAAGAGAAAAUGAUGUGGUGUGUAUAAGAUCAUGCCUGGACUAACCAAGUUAUGUGCAAGUGUUUGUGUGUGUGUGUGUGUGUGUGUGUGUGUGUAUGUGGGUUCUAUCGAUAAAGCUACUGAUGUGUCUGUCCAGCCUGUUUGAUGUGCCGCUGAAAAUAUACAUUUCUUUGUUUGCCAUAUCGAGUGGCUUAAAGGGAAAUCUGUUUCUUUUAAAGGUUGUUUUUGUAUGUUUUGUGUAUCGUUGCUUUUCUGCUGCAGCUUUUAAUUUAACUGCAGAGUAUGAUAGCCAGGAUGUGUCACUGGUACUGUUUUGCAGGAAUUCAUAGAUGAAGAACAAUGUGAACCCAUCCAUAACUUCAGUCCUCACGUCGCCUGCAUUCAAAACAAUUAAAAUAAAAUUUAAGAAAAAACCAUAGGUUUUCCUUUAGAUGAAAAAAAUUCUAAAAUCCCA